AUGUUUGGUAAGUUCUGAUUUUUUCUGGAAUUAAAUAAGGAUAAUUAUAAUAUUUCAAUUUUUUCAGCGCUUAGAAAUUAUUCCAGAUAUUCUGGAUCUGGAAAUCUCGGAUUUCUCAUAGCCCUAUUAUUUCUGAUAACUUUCAUAUUCCUGUACGAUUCAAAUCUUCGAGUCGAAAAUAAACUGCAACAAAACACCGUGCUGGAAAAACCCGCGAAAACCGAAAGUUCAAAUAAAAAUUUGGCGGGUUGUAAUCCAUCUUUGGACGUGGAUACAGUAAGAAUGCACAAAAUUUUCGAGAAGUUUCAAAAUUGCACAGAGAGUUGUGAGAAUUUGGAAGAUUUUGGUGUUGGAUAUGUGGUUGGUGAGAAAAAAUGGUGGUUUGUCGAGCCGAAAUGUGUGAGUUUUUGAGGGAAAUUUCGAGAGUUAGGCUAACAUUAGAUUGGAAAAACCUAGGCUCAUUUGGUCUCAAUAGAAGCGAAAUUUCAUGUCAGAAGGAAUUAGAGAAUAUCAAAAAUUUCGGCCAAAAAAUCUCAAUUUUUCUUCGAAAAAAUUUAAAAUCUGAUUUUUUCAAACGUGACCUUGUUCUGCCACGUAGCCAACAUUUUUCAUUUCCAAAAAAAAUCCACAUUUUUCAGCAAGAGCUAAAUAUUCUAGUCGCCUAUAAUUCUCCCGAUUCUCAAGCUGUACAAGAACUCGAGCGGGUAAUUUUCAUUUCUAAGUUUCAAUUUUGAAAUGAAAAAAAUUAUUUUCAGCAAAUAACGCGACUUUACAAUCAUGACGAGACCGCCGAAAUCACAUAUAUCGAUUUUUUGUGGCUGGGAGCUGAAAUUCUUGCGAAAAAUUUCGAUGAAUUGAGAAAACUGCUGAGUCAUGCUAUAAUUUGUCAAAUUAAUUUGGAAAUUGAAUUGACGGAAGCGAAAAAAUUGGAAUUGGUUGAUUUUACGAGGGAGCAUCGAUUUGUGAUUUUGAAAUCGGAAGAGAAUUUGGAAACUUCGAAGAUGCGAGUGUUUUUGAUGGAUAUGGAACAUCGGAGGUGUUUUAGAAAGUUUUUGAGCUAG